GGGAAUCAUGGCGGAAAUGGAAACUUCACCGAGAAAAGAAGAAGUUGACGAUGUAGCUAAAGCGGUAAAGGCCUUGGAGGACACAAAAGCCGGCAUCCAAGGGCUCGUCGACACCGGCAUAGUUAAACUUCCUCCAUUCUUUUUCAUGUCACCGGAUGUUCUCAACGAUCAUCCAACGUUGAAGGAUCCAUAUUUACAUAGUGAUUUCCAGGUUCCCGUCAUAGAUCUAAAAGAUGUCUUAGAUCCUGUUCAGCACAAAGAAAUCGUGGAAAAGAUGAGAUCAGCGUCGGAGGAAUGGGGAUUCUUCCAAGUGAUUAACCAUGGAAUCCCACAACAUGUGUUGAAGGAAGCCGUCGACGGUGUCAGGAGAUUCCACGAACAGCCCAGGAAGGUGAAGACGACAUAUUACGGUCGGACCGGCGUGGUUAGGUAUUACACUAACUAUGCGCUUAAGUCUAAAGGUGUGAGCUGGAUAGACACUUUGGCUUGUGUGAUGGCUCCGAAUCCCACGCCGGAGAAGUAUCCCUCCGCUUGCAGGGAUAUAUUCAUGGAGUAUUCAAAGCAUGUUGAAAGCUUAGGGGAAGUUAUUUUGGGGUUGCUGUCGGAGGCCCUGUGUUUGGACCCCGAGCACCUCAAAGACAUAGGGUGCUCGGAAGGGUACGCCUUUCAUUGUCAAUAUUAUCCGGCUUGCCCCGAACCCGACCGGACCUUAGGAGUGAUGCGACACCGUGAUCCCGACUUCUUCACCAUCCUUGUACAAAAUGAAAUCCAAGGGCUUCAAGUUCUUCAUCGAGAUCACUGGAUUGAUAUCUCUCCCAUGAAAGGAGCCGUCAUAGUUAAUAUCGGCGAUCUCUUACAGCUCAUCUCCAAUGACAAGUUCAAAAGCGUGGAUCACAGAGUUUUGGCGACAAGUGCAGGACCCAGAGUAUCAUUGGCAUGCUUGUUCACCACAGAUUUACAGCCAUCGGACAAGGUUUAUGCACCCAUAGAACAAUUGUUAUCCCCACAUAAUCCGCCUUUAUACAAGGGAACCACCAUUCCCAAUUAUCUCAAAACUUACGUCUCCAAACCAGGCAAUGGACUCUCUCUUCUCAAGUUGUGAUUCUGCUAUCAUGGACCGGAUUAACCCACUCCUGUUUUAUAAAUAAAAAUGUUAAGCACACAUCUCUAGUAUGUAUGUUUAUUAUUAA